AUGGCAUUGGAUCGUGAGGGCCGUGUGAGAGUGCUGGGUCGUCACAGCGGCCAACGACGCCACCUGCGUCCGCUUCCGGUUGGGGCGGAUUCCAGUGUGUCCAUCAGUGCGGAUAUUGUCACAAGGGCCAAGAGCGGGCUUUGUGUGAGUCCACCUCAGGACGAUGAUUGGCCCGACCAGUCUGGAGUGCGUGUGCCCGCC